AUGGAUGGGUUGUUGGGGAAUGUCAAGAGAAUGCCCGAGGGUCCCGAGAAUUCUACGAGACCAACGUUUUUUCCCUACUGUCAUCGGUCGGAAGUGAUGUGCUUAGACCAAGCUGUCAUUGUUGAUCCCGGACCUGAAUUCGACGUCCUUCGGCUCAUUACACAUCUGUGCGUAGUGAAUACAUCGAAUGGUGGCAUGAUUGUCAACAUUUUGGUUUACGGAACAUGUCCAGGGCGGGAGAUCGGCCACACCACCACCUCAGCUCGUUUACCACAGAUUCCUGGAACAAUGCGGAGGGAUAGAAAUGCUAAAGUCCUACGGAGGAAUACCGGUAUUUAUCGAGGGUUGAAUUCCACCGAUCAAACCCGGUCCAGAGCUCAACCAUCAGGGCCGGUCAUCUCAAAAAACCAACCCCUGCCUGGGCUGGACUGCAUCUGCAUCAAGAUGGCUUUGACCGGCACGAGACUACACGAUGCACGACGAGGCUCAAGACCCACUUACACCCCAUGGAGAAGUACAAACAACCUGUUGAAGAGUAAAAAAGCGGCCAAUGCCUGCUCUCAUUGGAUUUUGAUCUCCCCUCCUGCCUUCAUGGCUCAAACAUCGAGGGGCUCUCAACUUGACCAGGCAGGUGGUAACCGGUGGGCUCGGGUUGUGGCCGAUGGGGGAGGUGAUCGCAGCGCCGGAGGCACCGGGGCCGGAAGGGGAUCCACUGCGGGUUGA